CUGCAAAAAAUAAAAACACCGCAGAAGAAGACGGGCUGCUUACCGUAGCUCAGUGUUGACAACAGUGGCGAAGGGUUGCCUACGGUGUGAUGCGAGCUCCCCUGCGCUGGGUGCUAUGGGAUGUGAAAGACACCCUGCUGAAGGUGCGUGCGUCUGUCGGAGAGCAGUACUGCAAGGAGGCUAAACGAGUGGGCCUGAACCUCAAUCCUGUGGAGGUCGAAGCUGCAUUCCUUAAGGCAUAUCGACAUCAUUCUAGCAGAAGCCCAAAUUAUGGCAUCAGUCAGGGCCUGGAUGGACGGUCCUGGUGGAUCAGGGUGGUGCGGGACACUUUCUCCCAGUGCAGGGUGCAGGACCCGGCCCUGCUCAAUGUAAUGGCUCACAACCUUUAUUAUAGCUUCUGUGAUGCAGAGAAUUGGGAGGUAUUUCCAGACUCAAAGAAGACCCUGGAGAGUUGCUCUUCUCUAGGACUGGAGCUUGGCGUGGUAUCAAACUUUGACAACCGCCUAAAAGAGAUUUUACGUGUUUGUGGCCUGCUGUCUCACUUCAGCUUUUUAAUAACUUCAGAGAAAGCAGGAAUAGCAAAGCCAAGUCCAGCCAUCUUUGAACAGGCGCUGCAGAAAUGUGGAGUACCAGCUGCUAGCGUAGCUCAUAUUGGGGACCACUACCUGAACGAUUAUCUGGCCUCUCGCUCUGUGGGCCUCCACGGGUUCCUGUUAGACAGAGACAACAAGCAUAAACACCCUGACCUUCCUGCAGAGCAUCGGCUCAGCUCCCUGGAGGAGCUGCCGCCACAGCUCCAGCAACACAUGAACUAAUACCAAAAGAUCAAAGGGUCAAGUGCAAAGCUACUGAGACUAAAUAGGGUUCAGUUAGGGAACUAAUUGAGAUGUAGCCAUGGUGACCUGAGUGGAAUCAACCACUUUACAAACUUCCCUCUUUGCGUUUCCCUGGAACAGUGUUGAAUUGCUGAGUUUUUUUGUGGAAAAUAAACUCUUGGUUUCACAAUGACAGUCUUAUCAAGUCACAUUAGGGAGAGAUGACUUGACAAUAUAUUUUUGUUAUAGAAAAUACAAGAAAGGAUUUAGAAUUUUGCCUCUCAUUGCUAACAUUGGAAUCACAUUAGGAAGGGACCUCCUCAGGGCCGGUAUGGACAGUUUAAUAUUAGAAAAAACGUUUUUAUCCUGUAAGGAGAUUGAGGUCCCUUAGAAUAAAACCGAAAGAUGUACUGUACAAGUAAGAGUAAAGAACAAAAGAUAAAUAUGAAUAAUUAAUAAAACAAAUAAGGAGCAAGUGUAUAGAGAUAAGAUAAAUACUGAGCUCUUGGCCCUAUAUCAGCCCCAGUUUACUGAAAAGGGUGAACCUUCAGGCUUUAAAUAACUAAUGUACAGCUAAUAUGACUGAAAACAUCUCUCACUCAACAUCUAUUGCCAGUGAUUACAUAUGUUCAGUAUCAACAAUGAAAUGGUGGAACAAUCUAUUUUGUGGCAGACUUUAUUUGAUUAUUAUUGUGUCGUGAAUUAUUAUUUUUAUAAUUUAUUGUAUCAUAAUUAUUUCAAUAGCUUCGAUGUCCUGUGACCCAUUCACACCAAAUUGAUGCAAAGUAUUCAUACCAUGGACUAGUAGGAUACAUCUAUUUGUAUUUAAUUUAGCAAUUUUUUUAUAUUUAGAAUGUUGAGAUUUGUAGAUAAAGAAACUACUGAAUUUUCAUUGAAAUAUUAAAAUAAAAAACACUGGAAUCCGACAAAAAACAA